GUCUCGCCGCGACAUGAUGAUUAUUAGUAUCAUCGUGAUCUUGUUACUCACAGGAGGAGUAUUCUCCUCCCUGCCAGUCCAAGGAUCGAUAUCGAUGAUACAUGACGAUACGAUAUCGAUUGAUUUGCGUGCGAGCGAAUCAAACGUUGAUCUUGGUGUGUUUAUCGAGGGAUUACGUGCAAUAAAGAAACCACGGAUUCAUUUAAUAAUUGAUCUGGGAAAAGAAGUUAUCGAGAUUGAUGGCGAAACUAAUCUUGAACAGGAUUAUUCCAAGGUUGGAAGUUACGUGCAAGACAUCUUGAGACGCAUAACAUCGUUGAUGCAAGAACAUAAUGAUCAUGAGAUUCUUAUUCAGAAUACAAUAAAACAUAAAAUUCUGCAUGCCAUUAUGCCUCAAGAAAAUCAAGAUACAACUGAUCUUGAUAAAGACUAUUUUGUAUCCUCUUGGAUUCUUUCUAAUUCCGAGUUUGUAUUGGAAAUUGAGAAAUUAAUUUUGAGAAAUGAGCUAUCUCUUGAGUACAUCAAGUCGGUUCAAAAUGUUUUAUUAUGGUUAAUCAAAUUAUUUGAUACAAAAUGGCACCAACUGCACGUUGAUCUCGAUUACAUUUCGAGAUGGAGACUUCUGAAUUUACAAAAACAAAUAGAAUUUCUGUUAAAAAGUUUAAUUGUAAAUAAUCAACAACAUGAGAAACCAAAUGACUAUAAAUAUAUUCUAGAAGAUGGGAGCGACGAUAUUUCAAGCAUUGAAAAUGUUAAGGUUGAAGAAGUAAUUUUAACUGAGAAGGAAAAAGGUAAAGUUUCACUUAUUCCAAAAUUUAAUAUAUCCAUCGACGAUAAUUUUAGCAUUAAUAAUGCAUUCUUCUCUAAACUAGAAACACUUCAAAACGAAGAUCUUAUAAAAAAUGAGACUUCCUCAAAAUCGAAAAAAAUCACAAGUAGUUUUCACGACAAACACAAGAAACAUCAUGGAAAAGUGUUUGAUCAAACGAAAAACGUUUUGCCAAGCGAGAAUAUUACAAACACUUUGCAAAAAACCGAUCAACCGAAAAGUAUCGAAACGGGUGCUACAUCGCACGGAUCUUCGAAAAACGUAAUGGAUAUCCGAAAGACUCCUUUCCAAAGAAUACUUCAAGUUCUUGAUCUUUCGAAUAAAGACAACGAACAGAAACAUAAAGGGAAACAAAGGGAAAAUAAUGAGAGGAUGGAGAUAAAAUCAAACAGUGCCUCGGCGAUGGAUGAGAUUCUAGAGGCAGUGGAUGACGUCUUACCCAGGGAUAUGUCAGUAGAAAUAUUGUGAAGAGGAUAAAAAGAUAACUUUUUAAUUUUAGACAAGAGGAUAAUUAGAAGAGAAUGCGUCAUAAACUUCGAAAUUUAUCUUUUAGGAAAUAUCGACAACGUAUAAAUGUUUUCCACACUACUGAAGCCACCAAUGGUUAUAAAACUAUUAAAUUUUAGUCAUUGAGUUGUCAGCUUACUCAUGCAUUUCAAUAAGAAUUUUGUUUCGGCAUGGAAAUAAUGAAUACAAGAGUCAAGUACGUUUAUUAACUUUCUAGUGCGCCUUCAGAUUUAUGCGUAUGUGUGUGCGCAUACGUGUCUAACGUUGCACAACGCUAAAUACAUGCCUUACACAUUUUUAUUUUCUUACCGAAACCCUAAUCCUACUAAAUCGAACGAGUAUUUGAUCACGAGUGGGACACGAUAAGCGUUAUAACUAUAAUAGGAAUACAAUCAAUUUUUUUAGAAAUCAAUAGACUAGAUGCAAAUCCUAAAUAGAAUUGUAAUAAUUCUUAUAGUUCCCGAAAGAUUUUCUUAUCUGAAUAUUCGUUAGAAAGUUAUGCGAUUAUCCUGUCGUGUAUUUUGCAAGCGGCGGCAAUUUAAGCAAUCGGUGAAUGUACGCGGAAAAGUGCGUGACGACAGUUUCAAGCAAUUUCCAACAUAUCGAAAGAUGAAGAAAUUAGUAUCAGGUUGGCGCAAAAGAUAUACUGUGUAUAAGUUUUUAUCGUGUUUGAAGAAUAAUAUUAAAAAUUGCGCGGUUAAUCGUAAAUAUUAAUCAAUGGUGGCUUUAUUACAUUGCCUUCUCUCUUUGAGAUUGCCUUCUCAAUGACUUCUCUCGGAAAAUGUCACAUUUGUUCGUUUAUAAUUUUACUAUUCAAGAAAUACGAUUAAACAAAGACAAUUAAGCUUUUCUACUAAUAUGAUACAUAUGUAUGUAAAUAAUGUCAUCAUAUAUAUGAAAAUUACUUACAUGGAGCCUCUUGAAACGGUCAUAUUUAGACCGUUGAGCACCAAUUGCCCUUUCCCAUAACGCUUUGUGGCAUUCCUUACGAUCACCGCCUCUUGCUGCACCAUUUUGCGAAAUGGUGAUGAGUGUUCGAUCAACGACCGAACUGUAAAUAUAAAACAAGAACUUGUAAGAUAAGAAUUCACUGAAAAUUCCACCUUUUUUUUUUAAUAGCGAGAAAGUUUUUGGAAUAUUUUAUUUUAUCUUUAUAUUUAUCAUUGGUAAUUAGUGUAAAUUAAUUGCAAUAAAAUAAUCUAUU